UUCAGGGUUUAAACUUAGCGGCUGCGGCUACUUCUCUUCUUCGCCUGCAAAUCUCUCCGAACCCUCCUGUCAGUCGAAACGACCUCUCUUAGCCAACAUGGGGAAGACACGUGGUAUGGGAGCUGGACGCAAGCUGAGGACCCACCGUAGGAGGCAGAGGUGGGCUGAUAAGGCAUACAAGAAGUCCAACCUUGGAAAUGAGUGGAAGAAGCCCUUUGCUGGCUCAUCCCAUGCUAAAGGCAUUGUUCUUGAGAAGAUAGGUAUUGAGGCUAAGCAGCCAAACUCUGCCAUCCGUAAGUGUGCUAGAGUUCAACUGAUCAAAAAUGGAAAGAAGAUUGCUGCAUUCGUUCCAAAUGAUGGUUGCUUAAACUACAUUGAAGAGAAUGAUGAGGUGUUGAUUGCUGGAUUUGGACGAAAGGGUCACGCCGUCGGUGAUAUUCCUGGUGUCAGGUUCAAGGUUGUGAAGGUCUCUGGUGUUUCACUCUUAGCACUCUUCAAAGAGAAGAAGGAGAAGCCUAGAUCAUAAGUCUGCAAGGUGGAGGAUGGCUCUUACUGUCUUUUUAUAGUUCUACUUAAAACUGAGAGCUUAUUAUUGCUUGGUAGCUUUUCUGGACAAUGUUUUGUUUAUUUAUCGACUGGUUAUUUUAUUGAAUUUGCCAUGUCAACUCAAUUGAAAAGAUUUUGGUGUUUUAUUGCUAUUCCAAAUCAUUCUCUUCCUCGUGCUAUGAA